AUGUCAAAUGAAUUAACAUAAAAUAAGUCAAUUGGACAAUAUAUUUUUAGUAUUUGAUUUAUUUGAUUAAUUAAAGGUAGGACAUUAGGAUAAGGUACUUUUGGAAAAGUUAAAUUGGCUACUCAUAUUUAAACAGGGGAGAAAGUGGCAAUAAAAAUAUUAGAAAAAUAGAAAAUAUGUGAUUAAUGUGAUAUUGAACGUGUUACUAGAGAAAUUCAAAUACUGAAAAAAAUACGUCAUCCAAACUUAGUUCAAUUAUAUGAGGUAAUAUUUUUGAGUUCUUACUAGAUAAUAGAGACACCAAAAUAGUUGUUUCUAGUUAUGGAAUAUGUCAAUGGAGGGGAACUCUUUGAUUAUAUUGUUUAAAACCAACGUAUAAAAGACGUUGAAGCAAUCAGAUUUUAUAGUUAGUUGUUAUCUGGAAUAGAAUAUAUGCAUAAAUUACAAAUUGUUCAUAGAGAUCUCAAACCUGAAAAUUUGAUUCUUGAAGGAAGAUCAAAAAUUAAAAUAAUAGAUUUUGGAUUAUCUAAUUUUUAUAAUUAAGAUGAAUUAUUAAAAACAGCAUGUGGAUCACCUUGUUAUGCUGCUCCAGAAAUGAUUGCUGGUAAAAAAUAUAAUGGUCUCUCAGUUGAUAUAUGGAGCUCUGGUGUUAUAUUAUUUGCAAUGUUGGCAGGAUAUCUUCCAUUUGAAGAUCCAAAUACAUCUUUAUUAUAUAAAAAGAUUAUGUCUGGAGAUUUUAAGUUUCCUAAAUAUAUUUCAUAAGAAGCAAAAGAUUUAAUUAAAAAUAUAUUGAAUGUCGAUCCUUAAAAAAGGUUUGCAAUUACAGAUAUUCGUAAACAUUCUUGGUUUAGCUUUUGUAUUAGUUUACUCUUAUAAAGUUUUAUUAAGACAAUUAAAAAAUUCCAACUGGACUCAUUGUUGGCUAGCAUAAAAUACCUAUUGAUCCCGAAAUUCUUAAAUAGAUGAUUCAAUAUGGAUUUUCAUGUGAAUAUGCUGAAAAAUGCAUUGAAACCAAUCGUCACAAUAAUGUAACUACAACUUAUUACCUUUUAUUGAAAAAAUAUAUAAUGGCUGGAAAUAAAUCAAUAGCGGGUAUUUUGAAUAAUAUUACUAGAUAUAAACUCUGAACAUUUUGAACCAUAAAAAAUAUCAAUUAAAUAAUAUACACAUACUGAUAGAAAGUAUAUUAAUUAAAUAAAUCCUUUACCAUUAAUAUAGAGAAAAUGUAAGAUUUUAUUUAAAUAAUUAAAAAAGCAAGACAUACAUAAUAAAGAGAAGAUUCCCCUGUAGAUACAAAACCAAGAUUAAACAAUUCUGUCAAUACUUAAAACACUAUAUAGUUAUAAUAAUAAUCACCUACAGUAUUGAAUCAAUCAGUUGAUGUGAAGAGGAAGAUUACUUUGGAUUUUUAGAAGACUACAGUUUUAAAUACUAGUUUAUUAUAAUACUCUAAUGAUGUUAAGGUUUUGAAACUGAAAACUCCUGCUUGUAGGAAUUAUAUAUUAGCUGAGUAUUAUGGGAGAUUUUCAAAAAGAUCUAGAAAUUAAGAGAGACAAAAGUCAACAGAUUAAGAGUAGGCAUGCUUUCGAACAUUUAGUAAGGGAAGUCCUAAUCCUAAAAGAUGA